GGCUUUGGAUUGGAUUUGUUAUUCCAUGCGUACCAUGGUUCACCUUUUUUUUUAUUUUCUCUUGUCUUUCUUGGUUGUGGAUGCCAUCACCAUCACCAUCACCAUGGCCAUGGCCCUCCCAUUCCCACAGUGACAUCCAUGGCCUCCCACUCCAUUCUUCACGGUGAGUGAGUGAGUGAGUGAGUGAGUGGGCGGUGUGGUUUGGAGCUGGUGACACUGAACCUCACUCUGCUCACGUCGGUACUUUCCAAUGGCAGCUUCGGUAGGAGGAGCAGAGCAGUCAACCCCUCUCUCCUCUUCAGAAAUCAAGAUGGGGGUCAUGUCUCCGACGAAGCUGAGGAUGAAGCUGCUAGGAAUGGGAUCCCAUGGCAGCAAGGACGAGGUGGCGAGCAAGUCGCCGUUGAGGCUCGACGCCGGCGCCAGCGGGGCCGAAGACGGUGAUGACCACCCCAAGAGCAGCCUCCUACCGCAGGAGCUCGACGAAGGCUCGUCGGAGUGCCCUCCCAAGGACCGCUCCGACUCGUCCAGGUCGCGCUCCGACUCGAGCCGCGGCAGGGCUGCUGCUAGCAACGGCAAUGGCAAUGGCGGCAGCUUCGAGUUCCAGAUGGAGGAGAGGGCCGGGCUGGGGCCCUUCCUCUUCAGGCAGGUGCCGUCCAAGUGGAACGACGCCGAGAAGUGGAUCGCAGGGCGCCACGUCGUGCACUCCAACCCCAUCUUCUCCAAGAAGGCCGCCGCCGUCGCUGCCGUGCACGGCCACGGCGGCGGCGUGCGCGUCGCGCCGGAGUCGCCGUCGGACGCGAAGAGGACGAGCGCCCUAACCGAGCUCUCGCAUUCGCAGUCUGCGCCGUCGCCCUCGUCGUCGCUGUCGUCGGUGACCGGGCCGGUGGGCAGGCUGCCUCGUCGCACUAAGCUCUGCGGUGCAUCGCAGGGCGCUGCGGCGCAGUCGUCGUCGUCAUCGGUGUCGAUGAGGGACAUCGGCACGGAGAUGACGCCGGCCGCCAGCCAGGAGCAGUCGAGGAGCGGCACCCCUGCCGGCGCCGCCACGCCGUCCCUCAGCCCGCUCUGCUCGGUGCCGGCGUCGCCGUCCGCGUCCGAGAGGGAGCUGCAGGUCAGGACGCGCCGGGAGAUCGCCGCGCUCGGGCUGCAGCUGGGCAAGAUGAGCAUCGCGUCGUGGGCCAGCAAGGACGACCGCAUCCUGAGAUCACCGGAGAACAGCGCCGGCGCCCGCGAUGGAGACGAUGAUGCCAAGAAGGAGGAGUUCGAGGCUCGAGCUGCGGCGUGGGCAGAAUCUCAGAAAUGCAAACUCGCAUCGAGAUAUCAGAGGAAGGAGGCGAAGAUACAAGAAUGGGAGAACUGCCAGAAAUCCAAAUUUGAAGCCAAGAUGAGGAAUGCAGAGGUUCAGGCCGAUCAAAAGAAGGCGCGGGCGAAGAACAGCCUGACAAAGAGGCUGUCCAGCUUAGGCCACAAGGUGGAGGGCAAGCAGGCGAGGGUGGAGGCGAGGCGGAACCGGCGGGCGGUCCGGCUGGCGCGGCAGGUGGAGCGGAUCCGGAAGACUGGCCGCGUGCCGUCCCGGUUCCGGUGUUGCAGCUGGUUCCUCUGAUGAACAAACAAUUUCAGUCAGUACCUCCGAGAAAUGCAGCCUGACUGAAGAAGCCUGAAGAUGCCAAUGCAAGCCUCCUCCUGAGGAAAUGUGUUGAGAUCAUCAUCUGAUCAAUGCAGUGGAAUUUGUAUAUGAAACCAUCACAGGUUUAUUUGAACCAAUGUGGUGUAGGCGUUGCUUGCUCUGCUCUGUAGUCUGCAGAAUCUGAAUGGCUGUGACCUGAGUUAGUAGGCGCAUCAUGUUGAAAUCAUCUCAUUUUUAACUUGGUA